UAGAGCUGCAGCAGAAAGAAUAGAAGGGUAUGUGAGGACUGUGUCACCGAGGAAACUGAGCAACUAUAUGGGACAGGAACAACUUGGUAAAGCUUCUUCCCUCUAGAUUGUGCGUUUCAGCGGACAACAGACUCUGGCAGUAGUGGAAAAAACUAGGAGUAAAGGGUGCUGCCUGUAAGAAAUAGGAAAUCAACCAGUGUCACAAACUGCUGACUAUAAGGACAUAAUUGGARAGCAAAGCACAGAAACACUUGAAACUGGUGGAAAAGAUGCAGCAAAACCAUAGUGAGCAAAGCAAGCUCUACUGUUGCCAGCUUUUUGGGGCUGAGACUGCUGAUAAAAUAACUGAGUUGACUGAAACCACAAGAAGAAUAGCGCCAAAGCAAGGAUGCAAAAUUACUGCAAUAAUUAGGAGGGUUUACAGACAUUUCGGCAAGAGGUCAAAUCUUCUGUUACAGCAUCUUCACCAGAAUAWGGGAGUGUAGAGGCAAAACUAAGGAGAUACAAACUGAAUUUUGACCCAUGAAAUCAUGUGUUGACCAGAUUUUUGCUGCAAAGAUAGUUGCUGAAGAGAGUAUUGAAUGCAAUAAGCUAUUCAUCAUUGAACUGAAGUUGUAAGAAUGCUCUAAUUCACUCUGGAGCAUCUUGAUGCAAGACUGCAUAUUCUCUUUCCCCUUGCUGUGUUACUGUUGGCUUCAUUAUGUGAAAAAGUAUAGCUGAUAUAAUGCAUAGAAAGGGGUUGUGUGGUUCAAAUAUAGGACACCAAAAAGCCUAAGUCUUACUGAAGACAUGACAUUUUCAAGCUUAUGUGAAGAGAUGUUGAAAGACCACCAGACAUUGAGGGAAAAAGGCUGUGUUAUGAAUCAGUUCUGAAAAAAAUGUUGAGKAAGAAUCCUAAAGUGACUAAAAUUACUAAAGCACUGUGAUAGAAGGUGAAGGAAUACAGAGGUGAGUUGGUUCAUGUGUCUUAGAAGUAGCAAACACUGCAAGGGAAUAUCCAGAAAGGAAUUAAGAACUGGCAAGGCACCAGCUAUAUUCACCCCAUCCAGUAAGAUGUGGCUGUCGAAAAGCUGGUCAAACUCAGAUCCUGAACUUUGGAGUUCUGCCCUACCAUGUGAAUGUGGUAGAAUAUGCUGGAGCUAUAGGUAAGCAUGUCUGUGUCUGCCAGGGUAACAGUCUUUGGGAAGAAAACCAAAGUGUUUUAUAGAAUUCCAAAAUGCUCUGCCUUUUUUUACAUGAUAAAAGUACAACUUCUUACCUCUGGCACUCACCAGAAAAGAAUGUGAAACUGUCUGGGACUUGGGAUGGAAAGAAAGUUGUGUUUGAAUUAGGAUGAAGAAAAGGAGUGGAAUAAACUUGAUAUUUGUCCAAAUUUGAGUCCCUGUAAUCAGCAGCAGUGACAGUGUCUGUGACUAGUGCCAUCAAGAACUGGGGAUAGGUUUGUCACUGCACACUUCCUCUGCAGGGAGGGAUGAUACCUUUCCUCAUUCCUUUUUAUUUCCAUGAUUAUGGCCCUGCUGGGAAUGAUGUUACGUUCCUCUCCAAGAUCUAACUCAGCUUGACUGUUGGCAGUUCUCAAUGUGCUCCUGAGUGUUCUGACCCCUUAGCAAGAUCUCACUUGUAGAAGACACUUCUUCCCCCUUUCCACCUAGUUCUCAGCUCAUCAUAAUGUGCAGGUUUUUGGUUUUCCAGAAGGCUCCUGGYGCUUUGAUCAGAUUUAGUUGACACUGAUGGAGGUGUGAUGUGGGCUUUGGCAGUGCAGUACUUGGAUCCAGGAUAAAUUUUUAGAGCAUAUUGGAUASUGGGCCAGCCCCUUCACUCUGACCAGUGUUGUGUGUUACCCUGAUAUGGAGGCUAUUUCAAGGCAUAUUAAGCUACCAGUUCAAAGACRCAGAAGAAAAAAUAUAUGCCAGAGAAAACAGUAUUUUCUCAAAUCUUUAGCCAGUUGUCCCCAGCGAGCUGCCCCAGGCUCAGGUAUGUAUGGGGCAGGGUGCUGAGUGGUCAGGUUGUCCCGCAGUCUGAAGAAUGGAUUUCUUCUUCCUCCUUAUUUGAUAAAUUGCAGUGACCCUACAUUCAGCCUGCCUGAGGACCUGGGCUGUCUAGCCUGGGUGCUGUCAGCUGCAUGUCAAGGUGAAGGACAAUUAAGCACUGCCUCUCCAGUCAGUCAAGGGAGGGGAUUGUCCUGCUCUGUGUGGCCUUACCUUGCAUACUGUGGCCAGUUUUGGGCACCACAAGAUAAUAAAGACAUGAAGCCAUUAGAGACAUCCAAAGUAGGGCCAUGAGAAUGGUGAAGGUGGAGGGAAAGCCGUGUCAGAAGUGGCUGAGGUCACUUGGUCUGUUCAGCCUGGGGAAGAGGCUGAAGGCAGAUCUCAUUGCRGUUACAACUUCCUUGUGAGGGGAAGUGGAGGGGCAGGUACUGAUCUCGUCAAUCCUGUGAGCGGUGACAGGACUGGAGGAAAUGGCAUGAAGCUGAGUCAGGGGAGRUUUAGGUUGGAUAUUGGGAAAGGGUUCUUCACCCAAAGGUUGGUUGGGCACUGGAACAGGCUCUCCAGGGAAGUGGUCACAGAACCAAAGCUGACAGAGUUCAGUUAAUGUUUGGAACAGUCUAAAGCACAUGGUGUGACUCUUGGGGUUCCUGUGCAGGGCCAGGAGUUGGAGCUGAUGAUCCUGAUGCGUCCCUCCAACUCAGCAUAUUCUAUGAAUAAAUUAAAACCAAGUCCCCCAAGUCUGAAAUGGAUUUUGACAACCAGUGCUGGGCUCAAGUCAAUUCUCAGCCUGAAGCCUGUAAAAAAGUGGGCCAGRGCCCCAAAUCACUCUGUGGGUGACUUCAAGUGGAUGCUCAUAUACUUUAGCCACUGAUUGUUGUUUUAUUUUAUUUUUUAAUUUUAACUUAAGCUGUUCAAACUGGGGAUGGACGUUUGCUGGUGAGGGGUGCGCUGCUGUUGGCAGGUAUCUUCCUCAGUGCUACAGCAUGUCACUUUGGUGGCAGCAUCAGGGAAAUGGCCAGCUCUGCCAUGUGUACAGAUAUCCCAAAUUGGUAGACUGAAUUUAACUGCAGCUCUGUCCUGUGGCAGUGUGUCCUGGGAAGAGCCUCUGGAAUCACCUCCCCUUUGCCAUGCCACCUCAUUGACCCGGUGCUUUCCUGCUAGAGAGUGACAAUCUCUGAGGAAGAUGGUAGGGAUUUAGGGACAGUCCUUAAAUAACUUGUGUUCCCCUGUCUGGAGUGCAGCCUAAGGGUGUGAUGGUGCUUGUUUCUGGAGGAGUGAAACAUCUUAGCCAUGUGYAAUCCUGAAAGGAAGGGGGAGGAAGGUAGCAUGCAUCUGCAGAACCUGGCUGCAUUGGGCAUCUCUGGACCCUGUACAAGAUGUCAGUGCAGAUUCUGGUACAAGAUGUUAGUACAACAUCCACUGCAGCUGUGGAUUACAGUUGUCUAGUUCAGAAAUUGCUGUGGAAGAAGGAACACUUUGCAUCAAGUUUAGGUCCUUGCAAUUGCAAGGAGUUGACCUAUAGUUUUUUUCUGGGAUCAAGUGUCAUUACACAGUGUUUUCUAUUUUCUGUCACCAAAUGGGCAGGAGUCUAUUUUAUCAGAUAGUAUCACUUCUCUUGAGAAGUUACUUGUCUGUCUUUGCCUGUCUUUUCCUUUKCAUGCUUUAACAACCUUAUGCAGAUCACCUUCCUGCUGCCCAGCUUCCUCUCCCACAGCAGUGCUCCUGGAACUGCUGAGCACUGUCUUGUUCUUCCCUUUCUGGUCUCCUAUGGGAUGAUUGGAGCAGAGGGCUUGACUUCUGCUUGCCAACUCUUUAUGGUUUCUGUCUUGUUGCAUUUACUUUCCACACUCAUUCUCAAGUCCUGUUGGCCACAACUGAGCAAACCAUGCCAGGGGACAUCUCAUACUGACACCUGGACCUCUUUGUUGGCUCGUUGGACUGUAUGACAGCUCACAGCUCAUCACAGUUUGUAGGCACUCUCUGCUGCAAAUCCUCCUGUCUUGUCACACCCGUACAGYUUGCACAGCACCCGUGCUUGGAAGCCGUGGAGCUUGCAUUCGCCUCUCCGCCCUUGACUAGCUUGUAUGCUUGUGUUUCCUUCCCUUCUGCUGCUUGUCUCUGGUUCCUUCACAUUAACAAAUAUAUUAAAUAAUCUCCUUGUUAAAGAGAUGUGCCAUCACCAAGAAAUCUAUAACUUCUCUGUUAUGAUUAACCCUGUUCAGCCUGCUCCCACUGACUCCACUUGAGCAGGGUGGCUGGACCAGGCAAUUUCCAGAGGUCCUUCCCAGCCUCAACUGUUCUGUGACUCUGUGAUCCAGCAGCUCUGGAUUUCACAUGCAGCUUUACUCAAGUUUUCAGCCUGGUACUGCCCCAGGAUGGCAAAUGCUGAGCAGCUGUGGCAGCUGGCUUGGCAGUGUGUGCAUGAGUGAGUCUGCUUGGCCCAACUGUCCUGCCUGGACYGAAAAUCUGUAUUGCCUGUAUUAGUCUCUCAGCAGAUGAAGGGAGAUGCUUUGGAAAGAGCAGGGCAAGUGCCUAUUAUCAUUCAUUUAAUGGUUCUGCUUGCUCUGACACUUGGUKCUAUGAAAGCUUCCAUGAGUUUCCCCAACUGUUUGUAGAAUCCUGCCUUGUGACUGGCUCUUGUGGUUGCAGGAAGCUGCACAGUGAGAUUUUAGGUCCACUCCUUUAGCCUGUUUCUCUCUCUUGACAUUGCUGGUUCUUAUCCCUGCUGUGUUGGUGCCUCCUGCCCAGGGCCAGAAGGGGGUGGAUGCCUGGAGGUUUCUGCAGUGUACUGAGACUUGUCUGGCUGGGCAGAGCAAGGAAAGCAGUGCACAUGCACUGGGACAUGUGGUUGAGUUGAAGAGGGGCAAAUGGCUGCUGUGUGGACAGAAGUUGACUCUGCAUAUUGUAAAUAGGUAACUUGUGAGUAUCCCAGGCCAGUUACACAGCAGGAAUGUACUUGCAUUGCCGCCAACAACCAUCUGCUCCCAUGGCUUUUGGACUCAUGUAACAGCUUCAGUUCUAUGGAUUUCCUAUUUUAGGUUUAAUUUUAUUCUUUUAUCUCUUUGGUGCUUGUUCUUCAUAUUUAUUGAAAAUUCCCUUUCUCCUCUCUGUAAGUGACUUGCUGAAGUUUGCCCUGAUCCUGUUCUUACUUUUACUGCAGCUUUUUUUCUUUCAUGAUAGAAGAAGCCUUUUGAACCUUGCACCAUUUCCCUUCCCUCCAGCCUUUGUUUCCUCAUAUCUGUGCUGGGAGAUGUUUGUACAGUGGCAAUUUUUUUCUUGCAGUUUGAUUCGUGUGCUGUGUCCCAGCCUUGACCAGUGAGCUGAGCCUGCCCAAAAGAAAUCCAGCCUAGGGCAUAUUAUGGUCCUCUUCGUGCCGUUUUCUUCUUGUACUAAUAAUCCACACAUUAAUUAAUUAAGAUUCAGUUAAGAGCAAGUCUUGACCUGCAGUACUCCAGAGAAAGGUGUCCAUAGGAUCACAUCACUGUCAUUGCAGCCAGCUCCUGUUCUUCUGGUGCUUUGCCUCUCAGGUCUCUUCUCUUCCUGAUCUAUACCCCAGUAACUUAUUCUUCCUGGCAGGAUUCAUAUAGAUUCUGCUUAUUAUACAGAUUCUGCUUAUUCUCUGCCUUUGCCCUUCCUGAGGGAGAAUGUCUCCCUUCCUUAAUUCAUAUCCCCUUAAGUGAUGGGAUUAUGGCAUGAGUUUGGCUUGUGCUGUGUCAUGAGGCCCUGUAGCUGGGUUGUAACGGGAUGUCUCACUCCCCCUGCAGCCCACGAAGCUGUUUCCCCUGCUAUGAUGCCAGGGCAGAUCCCCGACCCGUCGCUGACGGCUGGCGCGCUGCCUGGGCUCGGCCCCUUGACAGGACUGCCUGGCACAGCCCUGACCGCCGAGGAGCUCAAGUGCGCCGACAUCCGCAACAUCGGGGCCAUGAUCUCGCCACUCCACUUCCUGGAGGUGAAGCUUGGCAAGAGACCCCAGCCUGUCAAAAGUGAGCUGGAUGAGGAAGAAGAGAGGAGGAAAAGGCGCCGAGAGAAAAACAAAGUCGCAGCAGCACGAUGUCGUAACAAGAAGAAGGAGAGGACGGAGUUCCUGCAGCGGGAGUCUGAGCGUCUAGAGCUCAUGAAUGCUGAGCUGAAGGCCCAGAUAGAAGAGCUGAAACAGGAGAGGCAGCAGCUCAUCCUGAUGCUGAACCGGCACCGUCCCACCUGCAUCGUGAGGACAGACAGCAUCAAGACGCCCGAGAGCGAAGCCAACCCACUGCUGGAGCAGCUAGAGAAGAAGUGAAGRUGGCACUGGGCCAGGAGGAGGAGACAGUGGUGCAGGGUCUUCCAGGGUCUCUAAUGUAUGUACUGUACAAAGAACUGCACACCUAGGCCUGGUGCAGCCAGGACCCAGUGGGCUUCCUUGGGAACUMUGAACCAAACAUGGGAACAGAGAAGAUCAGGAACCUGCCAACCAUGUACUCUGAGGCUGGACCUGGGGGCAGUGCUGGUGGUGCCAGUGAGGGCAACCUCCCUGUGAUACCUCAUCGUGGCCCUUCAGCCUGCUCUCAGCCCUGGGACUCACAAUGCCACAGCCUGUCCUGCAAGGACCACGCAGCCCGUGGGUGGCAGGGGCUGUAGGCUCAGGAGUGGCAGCUGUGCGGGGCCCACCAGCACCCUGCCCAGAGGCUGCUGCUGCUCCUGAUGCACGCUCCAGAGGGAAACCCAAACCCAAGAACCACAAACACUUGAUGCAGCCCCGUCUGGUGGGCAGGCCUGUCGGGGUUCGGUGGCGCAGGCGCCUCCCACAAGCACACUCAGUAUAAUGUUUACAGCCCAGCUGUCCGUGUCGGCCGUGCUUUUGAAUGCACAUUUUUACACUUUUUUAAAGUAUUUUUUACAAAGUUUUUAUACAGUGAUCUCUAUAUGGAUUUAUAUAAUCACUAGAUGUGAUCCCAUAGAAAUGUAUGUUAUAAUGGUCUGUUUGUUACAAACACAUAUGCCACAGUUAUCUCCAUUGUGUUACUUGUCUGGUAGCAUCCAGCUCCUUUCCUGGCAUGCUGGGACAGGAGCUCAAGUUGCYCUCUGCAGUGGUGUUGCUACCCUCUCCAUCCAUGUAUGUCCUUCAUAAUAUUCAGUUCUGUAUCUCUCAGUAAAUGUUACCUUUGCUUAUGCUGUCCUCCUGUAGCUCUGUUUGGGUUAGCACUGUGGCAGCAUCUGCCAGGGCUGAACAGGCCAGGUGUCUUCCUGGCUGAGUGGGAUGAGGGAGCAGAUCCCUGAGCUGUUUUUGGUGGUUCUGUUAGCAGCUGUGGGCCAGGAGAAUUCACCCUAGAAAUGCUGGRAAUAUUGGAGGCAGCUCUAACUAUUGUCAAGCUCAGUGCUGCACCAAAGGAGAUAGGCAGGCAUGGCUUGCCAGC